CUAGAGCUUCCCGGGUUAGAGAUUUAUUGAUCUUGAAUUGCUGCGGCCCUAAGUGAGGAUCAUAUUCGCAUUGACAAUAGAACAUACUGAGAAGAUUAUAUAUAUCAUAUGCCACCAGCAUGAUCAAAGUGAAUCAGAUAAUGUCUGAAAUAAUUCGUAAGUUAAUCCCCAUUGAGAACAGUGACCCUCUCCAAGUCAACUUUACACUGAAUAAACUGAAUUUAUACAGUCAUAUGUGUUGCUAGGAUAUAUCAAGGUAAGCAGCUGGGAAAAUGCGAGAAGCAUAAAACUUUUUGUGGAGUUCUGUGAAAGGAAGUUGAAUAAGUGCCCGUGCUUUAAAUAGAAGUCUUUUCAAAGCUGAUAAUGGAAAAUAACUAGAGGAUUUCCUCUUAGAAAUCACAGAUGAAGAUAUUAUCAGACCAAAUUCAGACAUGAAGUGAAUGUGACCGAAGCCACAGGAUGAUUCCUUACCUGUCUGAUUGAAGAAAAAGUGAUCACUAAAGGGAUUUUCCAGUGCAUGUUUAUAAAGAAUACGCUCUGCUUCUAUCAUGCUUGCUUCUCCCCAAUCCACCUGAGAGAUCAACUGAACUGAGAACACUUGGGCAAUGAAAGAAAUUUAAACCUUUGACUACAUCACAGCAUUUAAAAAAGCCAACAUGCACAUAAGUUUCAGUUUGCACAACCCAUCGGUACUUUUGAAUUCAGAAAUGCGUCUCAUUUGGUUACUAAGAUAUCGGACAAUGGUUGUACUUGCGAACCCCAAUGUAAUUGCAAACUAAUUUCAACUUUCAGUUUUAAAGGGGGCUAGAUUCCCUUUCAAACUGGUUAUUUAUCCACUCAUUUGGCACAUUAAGCAUUGGUGAAGGAAGUAAUGGGGGUAAAUGUCCUCCUUUGCGCAUAUAACUGCUUGUUCCAAGAAUAUUCUAAUAAGUAACAAAUAUAAGCUUUUUUUUAACAAGAUAUACUAUUACUGUGGGAAGCCACAGAAAGCGUAUGUGCAGUUUGAAUAUCUGGCAAUCAAAAGCGAGUAAAACAUACAAACGAAUGACCUGGUGAGGUGAGUAAUAGUACCUAUGCACUGUCAUUUACUCUUCGAUUUAAAUAAUAGACAGAUCUGGUGGCUGCCUUGUUCAUCAGAAAAGUAGGCCUUGAAUGAACAAACAUUGAAAAUCUUAUGAAACUUCAAUUUCCCUCCUCUCAUUGAAAAUAUCUGAACCUAAUUCAGACAAGAUAGCUGCCACUACCGCUGCAGUCCUCUGUAUCCACUGUCUCUGGGUGCAUCUAUCUCUCUCUCUCUCUCUCUCCAUCCAUCUUUGGUCUCUUACUCCGUCUGUCUCACAACUCCAACUGUUGCUUGGAUGGUUGAGCUCCUUGCCACGAGAGAGCUCGAUGCUCCUCCAGUUUCGUCCAGUCUGCCUUGACGAGCUGUAUCUCAUCAAUGGCCGUGAAUUCAGUGGCUUUCGCCACGCGAUGGCCUUGAAGGCGUUGAGCUCCAUGCUGCUGAGGGAGCUUCUCGCAGAAACAAUCACGAGACCAAGUGAUUUCCUCAGAUAUGUGCUGUGUGCUAUUGGCAUUAUGCAGAUUAGCUAAUCCUUGUACUUCGUGCUCUUUCAGGUGAUUAUCAGUGUUGAUUUGCGAUAAGCAAAUCAUGUUGGCUCUUGACACCUCAAAGAAAUUAUCCUUCAGUAAGCUCAUUGCCAGUGGAGAUUUGGUGAUCGUGUACGAGAGACAUGAGACGAUGAAGGCCGUUAAAGUGUGCGAGGGGUCGGUUUUCCAGAACCGUUUUGGCAUGUUUAAACAUUCCCAUUGGAUAGGGCUACCCUUUGGGUCCAAGGUGUACAGCAACAAGAGCGGAUAUGUCUACUUGCUGGCUCCUUCUCCGGAGUUGUGGACUCUGGUAUUAAGCCACAGGACUCAAAUACUUUACAUCGCGGACAUAAGCUUUGUGAUCAUGUACUUGGAAAUAGUUCCUGGUUGUCUGGUUCUCGAAUCUGGAACGGGAAGCGGGUCGUUAACCACAUCGCUCGUGAGGGCUGUGGCUCCUACUGGUCAUGUGCAUACGUUUGAUUUUCAUGAACAACGAGCUGCAUCUGCUAGGGAGGACUUUGAGAGAACAGGAGUAAGCAGUAUGGUCACUGUUGGGGUUAGGGACAUCCAGGGCAAGGGAUUUCCUGAUGAACUCUGUGGCCUGGCCGAUGCUGUAUUCUUGGACCUACCGCAACCUUGGUUGGUCAUAGUGUCUGCUGCGAAAAUGCUCAAACCAGACGCCACUUUAUGCUCUUUCUCACCCUGCAUUGAACAAGUGCAACGCUCAUGUGAAGCACUCAGAACGAACUUUACUGACAUACGGACCUUUGAGGUGCUUCUUCGCACAUAUGAAGUUCGGGAGGUUAAGAUCAAUAGUAUGCGAGGUCAGGGAGGCAGCCCUUGUCAGCAGCCUCCAUGCAAGAGGAGGCACACCAAUGAAGGAAGUGACAAGCAGGAGAGCGUGAGUUCAGCUAUCAUGGCAAGGCCGUCUGCUGAAGCCAGAGGCCAUACCGGCUAUUUGACAUUUGCAAGACUCAGAUGCUCCGCAUAAAAGCUAUAGCAAGUUGGAGAUACUACGAAGAUUCUAUACGGGAAUCCCCUAUAGGAAAAGUUGGGUUUGGUUGGUGGCUUUGUCUGUUCUUGACUCAGGCAACCUAGAAUUGCCGCCUCCUGAAUGAUAGGAGCUGCAAUAUUUGCUUAAAGAGAGCUUGUUUGAAGGUGCUCUAUGAAGAAGCUCUGAAGUUGCAUCUCAAAUCAGGGGAUUUUUGCCCCCGCAGAGUCUUCUCCUUCAUGCCAUUCCUCGUCUCUGGAAUACUUCCAGUUCGCAUUCUCAUGUGCAGCAUCCGAGGUUUGACGGAGUUGACAUUGGAGCCAGUGCUCACGAGUACUGCAAGAACGUCACAGUUGCUGAUAAGAAACGUGACUUUUUUAAGAUCUCUUUUGUCCUAGUUCUAAUAUGCUGAUGUUAACUGUAAUAGCAAUUUGUUGCGCGAAAUAUAGUUUAUAUUCCUCCCUAGAUGGAGGAUGUCAAUGACUAGUUGGACAUGGGAUUUUGUGAAGGUUUAUAUCCAUUCCCUCCCUGUGAUCUAGAUUAUUUCCUUCGAGAGGGAAGAAGACUACUCGAGUCUUCUGCGCUACUUUUUGGGUGAUUGUAUCAAUUGAUCUGUCAAAAGAGGUUAUUAGAAGGUACGUCAAAUGCAUUAGGUUUAAGGUGGCAUGAGAUGAGCCUUAGUUUUCCUUACGAAGGAGUUUGAAUUGGAUAUCGCCAGUUUCCUCAGGCCCCUUUGCUUGUCCUCACUAUAGGAGCAGAUAAGAAAAGGAUCGGAAAUUGAGAGCAAUUUGUAAGCUCACAGUUGACAGAUGGGAUUCGAAUGAUCGCAUUUAUGAAAAAACGUCGAAUGAAAAAUCAAACUAGUUCCAGA